AUGUCUAAUUUCUUUGAUCAGGUAAAAAUAUGGUUUCAAAAUCGACGCAUGAAAUGGAAGCGAUCACACAAACCCGCAAUACCUGGUCAGCCAUCGUCCAUCAUUCUAAUGCUGGAUACAACGACAAACAGCUGUGACUCUCCAUCUCCAGAUCACGAGGUCCAAAGUGCAGGGACUGAAGGGCAAAUGGCUGGUCCAAAUACAUUGGCAGACUUUUCGUCGAGAGAUCUAAGUAUGGAGGCAUAUGAAAGUAGGGAAAUUUAUGUAGAAAAUACGAGUGUAGGUAAUGAUGAAGAGAAUGAAGCACUGAGGGAUUGUGAGGAAGAGGAACGAGAGCGAGAACAAAAAAAUGACGAGCUUGAUAAAAAGGUAUCAGGAGAUGGAAUAGAGAGAAUAAUUGAGCUACAUAGAGAAAGUCUGAAUGGAAUCGAGAGGCUAGUUCAGAGAGAAGAUCAUUAUGAGGUCUGCCCAGAAGACGAUGCUGAGGCCCCCAUCAGAAGACUCCGAACUACCACUAGCAAUCGAUUUUGCGAGUUUAUUUGCUGUGAGCAAGUGUCAGGCAAAAAGGAAACAUUGUCUUCGACGAAGCAGGAAGCUCCUGAAAAAGUGACUUCUCCCAUAUGGGACAUUCGACUACCCAGUAGGACGAUCCAUGGUUGUGAAAAUUUGGUCCAACAAGUAUUUCCAAAACCUAUGACGCUAAAUCAGCCUCACGAGUCUGAGAUGGAUGCCAUAAACGAAAGAGAGCGAAGAGCCAUAGCUAGGGGAGGAGAUGUUGGAAAACAAGGAAGCGCAGUAGGUGUAAGAGGAUCAGGACUAGAGACUGAGAACAAGUCGAAGCGCAUCGACUUGACAGUUAUGACGCCAACAAUUCCAAGGAACCCAGAUCUAUGUUAUCAAAAUUCGGCAAGUUUUCAAUCUGACAAGGUGAAUACAGCCCCAACCCUCUGCCCUGAUUUGUUUGAAUCUGGUACA